UUCUUCCUUCUUCUUUCUGGCGCCAUUGCUAUUGAAUACUCACUCUCCAUUCUAUUCUUCAAACUCCAUUCACCUUUUCUCUCUUCUCUUCUCUUUUUGUGUUUCAUUAUCUUUCCAAAAAACCAAAAUUUCCAUGGCAGAAACUCUAAGCACCUCUGUUUUUGCAUCAAUGGCAUCCCUUUCAUCACCAAAACAAGCUCAAGAACUUGGUAUGAUGAGCAUGAAAGUGGAAACCAAUGCUGGAGCUACACCAUCACCGCCACCACCACCACAACCAAUAGCAGUAGCAACAAUGGCUACAACAAGUGGGAGCUUAGAGAAUAAGAAGCUGAAGAAGAAGAGAGGAAGGCCAAGGAAGUAUGACCCAAAUAGGAUCAUGGGGUUGACAUGUCCUCCAAAUGCAGAAUCAAUGGCAUUUGCAUCACCACAACAGUCUCAUUUUGGUGAGGUUGCAAAUUUGGAUGGUGUAGGCUUUACACCACAUGUGGUGAAUCUUCAUGCUGGAGAGGAUGUUGCUGCAAAGAUCAUGUCAUUCGUCGAAAAGUAUCCAGGAGGAAUUUGUGUUCUUUCUGCCAAUGGAGCAAUCUCUAGUGUUACAUUAGACCGUUCUGGUUCUUCUGGUGGUUUGUGGACUUAUGAGGGUCGAUAUGAGAUUUUACGUUUAUCUGGAUCAUACACACCUGUAGAGAGUUGUGGGAUGAGAAGUAGGACUGGUGGACUGAGUAUCAUGCUAGUCAAUCCUAACGGCCAUGUUUUCGGCGGCGGCAUUGCUGGUGUGCUAACUGCUGCUGGCCCCAUUCAAGUAUGA